UCGAUUGUGAUGUGAUCCGAAGAUGACUCUUAAGCCAAAACGCGUCAUAAAUUAAAUAUAAAAAGAAGAAAUUAUAAAUAAGACUAUAGGGCGGGCGUUUUAAUGAUUUCAAAAUACAUAAUGUACAUAAUUGUUUUUAUUGUUUUAUAAUAAUUAAUUUUUUGUUAUUAAGUACAUGUAGAUCGUGAACGCAUCGAUCUUAUGAGUUAUACCGAAACACGAAACGAACAGCAGCUUCAACUAAAGGCUGACAAUAACAAUAUAAUUUAAAAAGCCCUGCAAGUUUGACUUUGUUGGUUUUUUGAGUUCUAACAUAGGGUUAAGGUGAUAUACAAAUUCAUUGUACGAGUAAAUGUUAUUUUGAUCAAACAAUUGUCAUUUCACAUUUUUAGUGUAUAAAGGCAGAAAUAUCCUUUCAACCAUAAACACACAGUAAACAAAAUAAAACACAAAAAGGCAAAACUAAGUUUUUUGCAAACAAUAUUCAAUAUUCAAUGGAACAAAUUUAAUUUAAAAAAUGUUAUCUGCUCUAAAUGCAGUCCGACGGAAGUUCAGAAUUUAUUAUAAACGAUUGAUUUUAGUUCCGCUUUUGUUUAUUACAAUCUUAGUUGUUGCUUCGUAUGUUGAUUUAGAAAUUUGUUAUAGACUUCUUUGGCAUGGGGGCCUCAAUAAAAUGUGCACUAAAUUUAGAAAUAAGGACUUCAGUGGAAGUCUGUGCGAUGAAUUGUGUACUGUUGGGAAUUUCAAUAACUUCCGAUGUCCUCAAAAUGAUAUAAAAACGACAGUGUUUAUAGCUGUUAAAAAUGUAGACGUUUAUGCCAUCAAGUUGGCAAGGGAUAUUCCGAAUGAUUUAAGUUGGAGAGACUCGAAAGGCAUCCAGAAAUACCCUCAUAUCGAUGUAUUCCAACGAAUGGUGAAAAUGCACAUCACAUUAUCGUACAAUGUUUCUCUUGAUGAGAGUAUGAUUUCAGCUCUUUUGAGUCAAGAAAUAGACGCCCAAAAUCCCGAACAAAUGGAAAGUUUUUGGCGAUUAUUUAAAGACAAUAAUUACAUGAUGGGGAAGCUCUACGAGGAGGAUUCUGUAUUCCCCACAGUUCUAGGAUCUUGUGGGCCAUAUUAUGCUACAGAAAAUUUGGAAUCUAUAAGACCAGAAACUUCAAUCAAGUAUUAUAUAACCAUAGAUUGGGCAGCACGACUGAAAUUUGCAAUGCAAAUAAUGGAUUUUUUGUAUCGAUUGGAAUCGGUCAAACCGGAACCUAUAAGAAUUUGUAAAAUAGAGCCGGAUCUCUUUGGAAUGACGGCUGAUAAGAGAAUAAAAUAUCAAACAGCUAGGUUUGCUUAUUCGGAAACCCAAAUUGAUAAAAUGCUUUCCGGAGGUGAACUCUGUUCAAAAGAUGAAGACUGUAAUCAUGAAGAUUGUCUGGGAAAAUGUAAUCUAGACAAAAAACACUGCGAUGGCAUACAGCAAAACAAUAAUUUACAAAUUGUAUGUUCAAAGAUUUUUAAAGGUAGUCGUUUUUUUCCAGGAAUAUUUUCAACAUCUCGAGCACCAGCAACGCUUAAAACGCUCAUUAAUUUAUGCUCAAAUCCAAGUUCAAACUCAAUGAAUCACUUGCCACAUAGACAUUUGGCACCAACCCAUGAUAUCAGUAUUCGUAUUUACAAUGAAAUAAGAAAAAUCUAUACUGAGUUGACUUUUGCUCAUUAGUAGUACUUAGAAGAACAACUUUUCAAAUUAAAGCCAUUUAUAAAAAUAUCAUAGAAUUUAAAUAGCGAUCAACCAAAAAAUCCAACCAAGCAAUAUCAUAGGUUAAGAGAAGUGCAAUUUUUUAUUUAAAACUGUGGUUAGUAAACAAAAACAUAAAACAUUUGUAAGUAAGAAAAUAUUUCAUACAUUUGAUGAUAAAAUAAAAAGUAAGCCCAUCCAUA